AUGCCCAAAGAGAAGGAUAUUCGAGGUUUUUUUUCUCAAAAACGAAAAGCCCCCGAUUCGCCACCACUAGCUCGGUCUAGUAGCCCUCGAUUGACCCAGGUGGACGUGGAAGCUGUGACUGAGCCGGAUUCAGAGGAUCUGACUUUGGUGGAUGAUGAUCCUGAUAGUGAUGUAAUUGUUGAGCCUAGAGUAUGCGUGCCAAGAGUAACCAAAGCAGCUAGGCCAAGUUCUCGAGUGAAUUGCAAAAUAUGCAUCCGGCAUGGGCAGAAUUCGAAGUCUGGGGUGCGCUAUUGGACGUCAGUUGCAUCCACAGCAUACCGGGAGGAUAGGUUGAACGACCAUGCCAAAGCCAUUCACCACCUGGUAGCUGUUGGACUUGAAGCCCAGCGAGAGGCCAACGCGAAGAGCGGAGGGGUUAAGGCGUCCCUUGGAGCCAUGAAGUCAAUGAACUGGCUCGUAAAGCAAGACACGGCCUACACAACAAAAUACAAGAGACAAGCAAUUAAAGAAGAAAAAAUAGAAGCCAUCAAAAAGUCAGUUGUGUUUGCCGUCCUGAUUGAUGAGUCCACCGACAUCACCACCAUUGAGCAGAUGUUGAUUUAUGCCAAGUAUCUGGACCAAGCGACCGGGGAGACGAAGAUAACUUUACUUGGGACAGAGGAGAUGAGAUCAGUGAACGCAGAUAACAUCACCAGGAAGUUAGUGGCGUUCCUUGAGGAUAAUGUCGGCCUCGAUGUCAAGAAAUUGGCGGGCUUUGGAAGUGACGGGGCCAGUGUUAUGGCAGGGAGGAACAAUGGUGUCGCAACUCAACUAAAGCGUCUUUCACCAAUGCUUGUGAGCUGCCACUGCGUGGCACACCGCCUUGCUCUAGCCAUGUCCGAUAUCGGGAAGAAGGUGCCAUACAUAAAAAAGUUCAAUGAACUCCUGCAGAUGCUGUUUCAGUUCUAUGAUGCAUCGACGGUACACUAUGCAGGUUUGAGGACAAUUAAAGAGGCAAUCGAGGAACAAGUGCUCAAACCGAAACGAGCGCUAACAACCAGGUAG